AUGGUGGUGGAUCUGAGACACAUGGGGACGACUGCCUGGCUCAGUGAGGUGUUGAAGAUAUCUGUGAGGACAUCUGUCAGCUGUUCAUCACAGUCUCUCCAGGGGCUUUUUAGGUCUGGUGAUGAUGUUGCAGAUGGACAGAGCAGUAGAGUUGUAAUAAGUUUUUUAGAGAUCUACAAUGAGCGUGUUCGGGAUCUGCUGAGAGGUGUGGAACAGAAUAAACCGGCACCCCUGAGAAUUCGAGAACACCCAGAGAAAGGGCCAUAUGUGCAGGGUCUUUCUCAGCAUGUAGUGAACAAUUACAAACAGGCGGUGGAUCUGCUUGAGGAGGGCAUUGCUAACCGCAUCACAGCCGCUACAUAUGUCCAUGACGCUAGCAGUCGAUCGCAUGCCAUCUUUACCAUUCAAUACAUACAGGCUAUUAUAGAAAAUAACCUCCCUUCGGAAAUUGUGAGCAAGAUCAAUUUAGUGGAUCUGGCUGGCAGGUUAGUCUUUUUAGUUAAAUCAACAUUACAUAUACUGUGAAAAAGAGAAGCCAUUAUACAUGGUCGA